CAGAGCAAUAGAUACCUGGUCGGUUCUCGGCCGUGUUGGCUUCCCUAUCCCGGUUUUAGGGUAAACGUAUCCCCGAUUUUCAGACAUUUUAGGGCGGAGCUUGUCAGAAGUUGUGAAGUGGUAAAAAUGAAACAGCGCCAUCUAGUGAUAAGACGUUGACUUUCAAAUAAUACUUUCGGCGGCCAUUUUUGUGUAAUAUGUGAAUACGUCGGCCAUCAUCGUGUAUUACGUGAAUGAAGCCUAACCAUAAUUUCUGUAAAAAUGGUUGGCAGGUGUGCUGUUCCUGGUUGUAAAACAACAUAUUACAAAGGAAAUCAAAAAGAAAAUGAUGUUACUUUGUUUGCAGUUCCUAAAACUUCAUUAUCAAAAUGGCAAGAACUAAUUCCAUGUAGCAAUUUGACGAGCACCUCACGUAUUUGCUCCCGUCAUUUUGACGAAAGUGACUUUAAAUCAGGGAUUGAAAUUUUGAACGUGUUCCAUCCUUUCAAACGUAGGAAUCUUAAUGCUGGAGCAAUUCCCAAACAUUUUCUGAUAAAUGAUACAUCUAGUCGACAAGCAAUGCAAAAUGUUGGUGGAUUUCAAUGGAGAAAUAACCUUAAUGUGGAAGCAAAUGCUAGCAAUGCAUCAGUAAGGAAACGACCAAAAGUAGACAAAAUACCUACUACGUCAAAGAGAAAGAAAUUUGACAGUACAGCACACUCCAUGGAAGUUACCUCUACUAUUCAAGAAACAAUCGACAUUCACCAGGCUGCUGAAGAAGCCAUUUUUGAUCCACUUCCUGAUGUAAUGAAGGAAAACCUUGCUGUCACUGUCGAAGAUUCGACAGUUGCACCUUCUAUGGACGCUACCUCUACUAUUAAAGAAACAAUCGACAUUCAACAGGCUGCUGAAGAAGCCAUUUUUGAUCCACUUCCUGAUGUAAUGAAGGAAAACCUUGCUGUCGCUGUCGAAGAUUCGACAGUUGCACCUUCUAUGGACGCUACCUCUACUAUUCAAGAAACAAUCGACAUUCAACAGGCUGCUGAAGAAGCCAUUUUUGAUCCACUUCCUGAUGUAAUGAAGGAAAACCUUGCUGUCGCUGUCGAAGAUUCGACAGUUGCACUUUCUAUGGACGCUACCUCUACUAUUCAAGAAACAAUCGACAUUCAACAGGCUGCUGAAGAAGCCAUUUUUGAUCCACUUCCUGAUGUAAUGAACGAAAACGUUGCUGUCGCUGUCGAAGAUUCGACAGUUGCACCUUCUAUGGACGCUACCUCUACUAUUCAAGAAACAAUCGACAUUCAACAGGCUGCUGAAGAAGCAAUUUUUGAUCCACUUCCAGAUUCAAUCAAGGAAAAUCUUGCUGUUGUCAUGGAAGAUACGACAGUUGCAUCACCUUCUAUGGAAGCUACCUCUACUAUUCAAGAAUCAAUGGACACUCACCAGGCUGCUGAAGAAGCAAUUUUUGAUCCACUUCCUGAUGUAAUGAACGAAAAUGUUGCUGUUGUCAUUGAAGAUUCGACAGUUACAUCACCUUCUAUGGAAGCAAGCUCUACUAAUUUCAAGUCUAAUUUUGUGACAUUUCAGUCACUAGUAACUUCAUCAAUGGUACCAAAGAAUUGGACAUGGUAUUUUGAUCAAAUUAAACAAACGAUUUUUUGCAUUUCGAUGGAUCAACUACCAAAUGAAAAUUAUAAUGUGAAAAGUGUACAUUUUCAAAACAAGAAGUAGUGUAUUAUGUCAACGGAACAAUAAACAAUUUACACAACCAAA